AGCCUCGGAUCUCCAUCUACCAUAGCAAACCAUUAAUAUUCUGCAUCUCUUGAAAACACAACAUGACGUCCUUACAGCACAAACCAUACUUCUCAAUCUUUCUCCACGUCCUUAUCUUCUUGCUCCUUCACAUGUUCUACUCCUCUUCUUUCCUUGUUCUUGCUGAUCACACUUCCUCUAAAACUUCGAUAUAUGGUACGGCUACUAGUGCUGCCAAUUCCAAAGUUGCUAGAGGUAAUGUUAAAGAAGCUGAGGCUCUUCUCAAAUGGAAAGCAAGUCUUGACAACCAAAGCCAAUCUCUCCUUUCUUCUUGGGUCAGCACCAGCCCUUGCAUUGAUUGGAUUGGAAUCACUUGCGACGGUUCUGGAAGUGUCGCCAAUCUGACCUUCCCGCACUUCGGUUUGAGAGGUACGCUUUAUGAUUUCAACUUCUCAUCCUUCCCCAAUCUUUCCGUUCCUGACCUUUCGAACAAUUCAAUUCAUGGAACAUUACCAUCACAUAUCGGUAAUCUAUCCAAGAUUACUCAGUUGGGCUUAUGUUAUAAUGAUCUCACGGGAAGUAUCCCAUCUGAGAUAGGCUACAUGAAAAGUAUCACUGAUUUAGUUUUAUGUAGAAAUCAUUUUAGUGGCUCCAUUCCACAUGAAAUUGGAAAGUUGACGUCUCUUUCCCGUCUCUCAUUAGCUACAAAUAAUCUCACUGGUUCGAUUCCUUCCUCUAUUGGAAAUUUGAAAAACCUAUCCAGUCUCUUUCUUUGGGGUAACAAACUCUCUGGUCGCAUUCCUUCAGAAAUAGGACAGCUUAAAUCUCUGGUGGCAUUGAGCUUGGCUACUAACAAACUUUAUGGUCCAUUGCCCCUAGAGAUGAACAAUCUCACCCAUUUAAAGCAAUUUCAUUUGUCUGACAACAAAUUCACGGGUCAAUUGCCACAAGAGGUAUGCCACGGAGGCGUAUUGGAAAAUCUUACCGUUGCCAACAACUGUUUCUCCGGUUCCAUCCCGAAAAGCUUGAAAAACUGUACCGGUUUACACCGACUAAGACUUGAUAGGAAUCAAUUCACAGGAAAUAUUUCUGAGGAUUUUGGCAUCUAUCCACAUUUGGAUUAUGUUGAUUUGAGUUACAAUAAUUUUUAUGGUGAGCUUUCUUUGAAAUGGGGAGAUUAUCGUAACAUAACGAGCUUGAAAAUUUCAAACAAUAAUGUUUCCGGGGAGAUACCAGCAGACCUCGGGAAGGCUACUCAAUUACAAUUGAUUGAUCUGUCCUCAAAUCACUUGGAAGGAACCAUCCCAAAAGAAUUAGGGGGGUUGAAGCUGUUGUACAACCUUACUCUUAGCAACAACAAUCUUUCAGGUGCCAUUCCCUCAGACAUGAAGAUGCUUUCUUCCCUCAAGAUCCUUGAUUUAGCAUCUAAUAAUCUAAGUGGAUCGAUUCCAAAACAACUUGGGGAGUGCUCAUAUUUAUUGUUGCUGAACCUCAGUAAUAAUAAAUUUACAAAUAGCAUUCCACAGGAGAUAGGCUUCCUGCGUUCUCUUCAAGAUCUUGUUCUUAGUAGAAAUUUCCUUGCUCAAGAGAUACCGUGGCAACUUGGGCAGCUGCAAAUGUUGGAAACUCUGAAUGUCUCUCACAACAUGCUUUCUGGAUUGAUUCCGCGCACUUUCAAAGAUCUAUUAAGCUUGAUACUUGUGGAUAUAUCAUCCAAUAAGCUACAAGGCCCCGUUCCCGAUAUCAAAGCCUUCCACAACGCUUCAUUUGAGGCAUUAAGGGAUAAUAUGGGUAUAUGUGGCAACGCCAGUGGUCUAAAGCCAUGCAAUCUUCCAGAAAGCAGCGGAACUGUUAAGAGAAAGAGCAACAAACUUGUUAUUUUGAUUGUACUCCCUCUUUUAGGAAGCUUACUCUUAGUGCUUGUUGUGAUUGGAGCUUCUUUCAUUCUCCGCCAGAGAGCUAGGAAGAGAAAAGCUGAGCCAGGGAAUACUGAACAAGAUCGAAACUUAUUCACGAUAUUGGGCCAUGAUGGGAAGUUGUUGUAUGAGAAUAUCAUUGCAGCUACCGAGGAAUUCAAUUCCAACUACUGCAUUGGCGAAGGAGGAUAUGGAAUUGUUUAUAAAGCAGUGAUGCCAGCAGAACAGGUGGUUGCUGUGAAGAAACUCCACCGGUCACAAACAGACAAGUUGUCCGAUUUUAAAGCUUUUGAAACGGAAGUUUGUGUUUUGGCAAAUAUUCGACAUCGAAAUAUUGUGAAGCUGUAUGGAUUUUGCUCACAUGCAAAGCACUCUUUUUUGGUUUAUGAGUUCAUAGAAAGAGGAAGCUUGAGAAAGAUUAUAACAACUGGGGAACAAGCAAUUGAGCUGGAUUGGAUUAAAAGGCUAAAUGUUGUGAAAGGGAUGGCUGGAGCUUUAUCCUAUCUACACCAUUCUUGCUCUCCUCCGAUCAUUCAUCGAGACAUUACCAGCAAUAAUGUCCUUCUGGAUUUGGAAUAUGAGGCACAUGUCUCUGACUUCGGCACGGCUAGACUGUUGAUGCCUGACUCAUCCAAUUGGACCUCAUUUGCGGGUACUUUUGGAUAUACUGCUCCAGAGCUAGCUUACACGAUGAAAGUGACUGAAAAAUGUGAUGUCUAUAGCUUCGGAGUGGUAACAAUGGAAGUGAUGAUGGGAAGGCACCCAGGCGAUCUCAUCUCCACAAUCUCAUCACAAGCAUCUUCCUCGUCAUCUUCGAAGCCACCGAUUUCUCAACAGACAUUGUUGAAGGAUGUGCUUGACCAACGCAUCUCGCUUCCUAAAAAAGGAGCAGCAGAGGGUGUUGUCCAUAUCAUGAAGAUAGCACUUGCAUGCUUGCAUCCCAAUCCGCAAUCCCGACCUACAAUGGGAAGAAUUUCUUCGGAGCUUGCAACUAAGUGGCCUUCUUUGCCAAAGGAAUUUGACACAAUAAGUUUGGAAGAUCUGUUCUCACAUACAUUUAGUGUGGUCUACUGACCAGUUUUUUGUGGGGUUUAACUUCUUCUCUUCAACUAUAGAUUUGAGCAAUAAAUUCUGUAAUUUGAUGGAGACUAUGUUCAUGGGUUGGCCUUUUU